AUGGAUACUAUUAUCACGUUAAGUACUACUGUCGAUAAUCGAAAAUCUAACGAUCAUCAAACAACGUCGAUGUAUAAUGGUAAUAAUGUUACAAUAUCAGAUAAAAUGUAUCAGAAAGCAAUACGUGCAUUAUUAUGGAAACUCGAUAAACGUUUGAUACCAUUUUUAACUAUACUCGAAUUGUUCUCAUUUUUAAACCGAAUCAAUAUUGGCAAUGCAAAAAUUGCCGGUAUUGAAAAUACUCUUCAUUUAACUCAAACGGAAUACAGUUGGGCAGUAUCCAUUUACUUCAUCGGUUUUAUGCUUCUCGAAAUUCCAUCGACUUUAAUCAUGCGAUACAUUGGUCCAUCGAAAUUUUUGUCAAUUAUAAUGAUCAUUUGGGGUCUAAUUAUGGUAUCAAUGGCAUUUGGAUACGGUAUUAGUCUGUUAGAGGUUCGUACAAAACUUAAUGGUUGGCAAUGGAUUUUCAUCCUAGAAGGAUCACCAUGCGUACUCUUGGGGAUUGUAACAUACUUUUUUCUCGGAGAUUUGCCGGAGACUGUUCAAUGGCUAACAAACACGGAAAAAGAGUUGUUAACGAAUCGUCUUCGACAAGAUACAGUAUUUCAGAUUUAUCGUGCCGAAGAUGCACCGUACUUUAUUCGUAGCCAUCUGAUUAGUCUCGGCUUCAUGGUUGCUAUGCUGUUUGCUUCAUUGAUAUUGAAAUACAUUCUAUGGCGUGAAAAUCAACAUCGAGAUCAUUUGAGUCCAGAACAACGUACACGUGAAUUAACUAUGUGUGGACAAGAACCAUGUGAUGCGCAUCCUGAUUUUAGAUAUGUGACAUAA